UUUUUAUAUUUAUUUAUAUAAUCUUCUCUCAAUCAAUACUCUUCUUUCUUUUCAAAAUCAUCCCAAAGAAAAAACCUAAGCGACGCACUCGAAUUCAAACUUUGCUUCACAGAGAACAAAAAUCGCAUCCUGAUGGCUUCCAAAACAGCGGCUGCUAAAGACAUCAUCACCCUCCACGGAUCUGCUGCCAUCGUCAGCGAAUUCUUUUGUUACGCUGCGAACAGUAUUCUGUACAAUCGAGCGGUUUAUCCAGAAGAGAGCUUCGUGAAAGUGAAGAAAUAUGGACUUCCGAUGUUGCUUAUUGAAGACGAAUCCGUCAAAUCAUUCAUGUCUAAUCUCACUUCUCAGAUCUCCGAAUGGCUUGAAGCUGGGAAGUUGCAAAGAGUAGUGUUAGUCAUAAUGAGCAAAGCCACUGGUGAAGUCUUGGAGAGGUGGAAUUUUCGUAUUGAGACUGAUACUGAAGUUGUUGAGAAAGGUGUGCCGAGGGAGAAAAGUGAUAAGGAGAUCAUGAGGGAGAUUCAAGCUAUCAUGAGACAGGUUGCUUCCAGCGUUACUUACUUGCCUUGUCUUGAUGAAACUUGCGUGUUUGAUGUAUUGGCAUACACGGACACGGAUGUUGCUGUUCCAUUCACCUGGGUCGACAGCGACCCCAAGCUUAUUGCUAACCCACAGAUGGUUAAGUUACACGGUUUUGAUACCAAGAUUCACAAGGUCGACACCCUCGUCUCAUACAAGAAUGACGAAUGGGAUGAAGAAGAGUAGUUAACAGAAGCCAGGAUACACGUAUAUGCAAGGCUCUUUGUAUGUUAAGCUUGCGUUUAUCUCUCUGGGAGUUCUCAAUGUUCUAAAGGCACCGUGACGUGAAUCCUUUAUUCACACCUAUGUCGUUUUCUCUUCUCUUCUUUCUGGAAUUGUAUGAGAAUCCUACACCUGUGUUGUGUUUUGUUCAAAAGUUGUCAGCUUUUUCAUUGUCCUUGUUCCUUUGCAUUGAACCAUUUUGUUUAACAAAAUCAAUCUUGAUGGUUCUUGAUA